CAAAAUAUCAACAAUGAUAAUAAUAGCCAACAAGAUUUGCAAAGUGAUAACCUGCAAAGUGAUGAUCUACAAGAUGACAAUAUACAAGAUGAUGAUGAUCUACAAGAUGAUAGUGAUCUACAAAAUAAAAACCUACAAGAUAAUAGGCCAAAUAUUAAUAUAUUAGCCAGACCUAGUUAUUUGAAUAUAGAAAAUACUGAAAUUAAUGAUGAAGAAGUUAGUGAUAAAGAUAAAAAUACUGAAAUUAAUGAAGAAGAAGUUAGUGAUAAAGAUAGUUAUAAAGAGGAAAAGAA